UCUACGCACCCCGUGCACGAAAAGAAUAAGUACGAGUUAAUUUCUCUUUAUAACGGGAUGUCGACCCAGGCAAAAAUUGUUUUGGGUCUUUGUGGUGUAUUUGUAGCGUCUGCAACGGUCUUUGUCGUAUAUGAUUCCUUAUCAGAGAAAACACGAAUGCGACGAGGGAUUUUGAGAGAGAUGGAGAAAGCGAGGGCAGAUAAAAAAGCUGAAAGUGUUGCAGAACAAAAGAAAUCCUGGAAUGAAUGGAAAGAAGCAAAGAAGGCAGAAAAUAGAAGAAAACGAGAAGAGAUGAACACCAAGACGGAAACUAUUGGCAGCUGAUCCAGUGAAACUUCAGUCUGCCUCUUGUAGCCUAACUGGAUGAUUUACAGUCAGAGAGAGAUACCUGCCAACAGAGAUACAGGAGAAAAGUGUUAUGUGAAUGGAGAACUUGAGUGAAUGUUGAAGCUGUUAAAAAAAGAAGUAUUCAAGAGAUUACAUAAGUGAUGGGAUCAUGACUUUUUUUAUAACUGUCAGUGCUUAACCAUCAUGUGUAUGUUGUUUGUUGAGUCAUAUGCAAGUGCUGUGUCUGUGUUGAAUGAAUACUUAUUUAUGUACUUGUAAAUGUAGUUUUCUUGUCUUUCAGAGUAUUUGAAGUGUUUUUCUUGAUAUUCUUGACAUUUAUCAAGUGAAAAUGUGUGAGAAUGUUGGAUGUCAUUAGGUUGUUGCUUUUACAUGUUUGCAACAAAUAAAGGUUUCACAUAGUGUG